GAGAGAUCAGUCUCUCUGCCUGAGAGAGAAAGUGCGAUUGCCAAAGGAGUUUCCCUGAACAUUUGUUUAGAGCUUCAGUCGUAUUGACAAGUCGAUACCUAUGCUUCCCGAGUGGCGUUUGCAUACUGUCUGCGUGGAGGCGAGCUGCAGUAGGCUACUGCAGCGAUAGGCAGAUGCCGAAGCAUCGCCGAGAAGUGCGGCUGAGGAAUCAUAUUUGCACUGAAAGAGAGAGCUGGGCAGCUAAACUUUUAACUUACUCUUCGCCGGUUAUACGUGCGAAGACUCGCGUGUGCUUAUACUCCUUUCAUCUUCGCCGCGCACUGGCUGGCGUACACCGGAUGGCGUAAGGCACUUGGUGAAGGAUGAAGGAAAGACAAGCAGAGCAGAGCUUAUAGCUACUGCUGCCGCUGAUGUACAUACAGUAUUCAGUUGAAUUUCACUACUGCUCCUGGUCGGAGGUACAUAUACAAUGAAGCCUGUUGACGAGAGAUUUGUUGAUCUACUGGAGGAAAGGAGGAAAGACUAUGAUGUCGUGUGGGUCUCCAGGUCCAUGAAGCCGCUCACCCCUCACAGACUUUCUCCAGAUGUUAUUUAUACAAGAAAGCAAACUAUUGAGGCUGCAUUGUCUGAUAACAGAGUAAUGGGUGUGAUACAGGCUCUGGCUGCAGCAAGAGGCGUUCCUGUAUCCACUAUUGUUGCUGAAGCUCAAGAUAUAUUGCAUGAAAUGGCCAGUAAAGCCCAUCUUCCAACUGUUAGAUGGUUGGCUUUGUUGAUAACAAAAGUUCUUAAGCGAAUCUUGAUGAGUAUUAGAUUGAAUGAAAGUCUUCUUUAUAUAUUGAAGGACCAAAUGAGUAUUUUACAAGUGCAAUAUGUUUAUGCACCAACGCAUAGAAGUUAUCUAGAUUUUAUCUUACUUUCAUACGUUCUCUUUUCUUAUGACAUGGCUUUACCAAAUAUUGCAAGUGGAAUGGAUUUUUAUCGAAUGAAAAUUGUUGGGGAAUUGUUGCGGCACACAGGAGCUUUUUAUAUUAGAAGAAGUUUUGCAUCAGACCCUUUUUACAAGGAAAUAUUCCGUGCUUAUGUUGGCUCUUUAGUGGCACACAGUGAUCGGGCUAUUGAAUUUUUCAUUGAAGGCACAAGAAGUCGCAGCCAAAAGACUUUAGCUCCUAAAUUUGGUUUUUUGUCAACAAUAUUGGAUGGGUUGUUCAGAAGCAAUGUACCAGAUAUCCAAUUCAUUCCAAUAAGUAUUUCAUACGACAAACCAUUGGAAGAGCUGUUGUUUGCUUAUGAAUUGUUAGGAGUGCCAAAGCCAGCAGAAAGUACUACUGGAUUAUUCCGAUCACUUUCCAUACUCAAAGAGCCGUUUGGCCACGGAAACGUAUAUUUAAAAAUCGCACCACCUAUCUCAGCUCGUGAAUACCUGGACAUGACGACGCGCAAAGCGAGUGCCUUAUCGCCAAACGCGAAAUUACCUUCUCAGGUCACGAAAAGAGUAGCAUAUGCCAUUGUAGAUUGCCAUAAACAGAAUACCGUCCUUACUCCGUUCAAUCUUAUUUCGUUGCUCUACAAUGAGAGAAUACAUUCUCACCCCAGGGAACCUUAUUCACUUGAUGAUCUUCUUCUAGAUUAUAGCUGGAUAAAAAAUAUUUUUGUGCAGAGAUUUCAGGCUAUAGUUAAUCCAGCAGCUGCAAAUACUUCAAUAACAGAUAAUGCAGUUGAUGAUACAAAUAAACAAGAAGUUUUAGAGUCAUUAAAAACGCACAAUAAUUUAUUGGAAAUUGAUUUUGAACAAAAUGUGAAGCUUAAAAAUAGACAUACUGGUGUCACGCAAUUGAAAAAUAUCAAAGGGUAUCCACUGAGCGAAAAAACAUUGAAAAUUGCAGUUCCAGUAAUAAAUUUAAUGAUUUACGUUAAUCCUGUUUUUGCUUAUUUAUCAAAACCAGCAAUAGCGGCUUUGUGUAUUAAUUUGUCAUCAAAAGAAUCAGCAUUGAGACGGUACUCGAUGUUAAGAACAGUAUUUAGUAACGAAUUUGCUCUGCCUACAAAUAUGAGUGAAUCGGAAUUGGUACAGGAAUGGGAAGAAACGAUUCAAAGCAUGGCCAAGGACAAAUUUAUUCAACAAUCAAGUGAAAAUCAAUUGAGUAUUAACAAUGAUAGACUGCAUUCUAUUUUGUGUAAUUUAAUUACUCCGUUUGUGGCAAGUUUGCAAACUAUUUGUAAGACUUUGUUACAGUGGGAUUAUUCAACUCAUUGCAUCGAAAAGAAUGUAAUUAAGGAAUGCCAAAAACGUGUAGAAGAGUCAUUGUAUGAAGAAACUGCAUUGAUCAAACAUCCAUACUCACUUUCUUUGGAUACUUAUACAACCCUACUAUCUAGUCUUGUUACGUGUGAAUAUGUUACCAUUGACAAAUGUGGACUUUAUAACUCGAACAGAUCCAACAUGGAAGAAAUGGUCGACGAUUUGGACAAAAUUUUAAACCAGUGUUCGAAAGGAUUUUACGUGGAAAUCCUUUCCUCGCUCAUUCCAGAAGAGAUGACAAAUAUUCGAGCUAAAUUGUAGUUACCUUCAGUUUGCAUACUAAGUCAUGUUUCUUACAAUAUAUAAUAUUGCAAUAAAUGGACGUUGUUAUAAAUUAGAAA